GAUCACUGAAGAGGCAGCUGCCUUUAAUGAGGGUUUACAAGAAGAUCGAACUACUCGCCAGUGGACUCAUGACCUUGAAUGUUUGGUCAGAGAUAUCUUCUUGGAUGAAAAAGGUCGUCCGACUAUCAAGUUUGAACUAGUUAAAGACUUUAGAAAAAUCUUAUCUAUUGUGGCCGAAAAAUUAAGAUUUAUUCCACUGCCAAAAUUAGAAAAUUCUGAUGAUACGUACGAAUUUAGUUUCGAUAAUACCGUACUUCAUGUGUCGGAUAUUGUCCCCAGGCAUCUUCAUAUUAGCUUGACUUCUGAUAUUAAUAUGGAUCGUGUGGAGGAGGACGUCGUGCAAAACACUGCAGUUUUCGAAAUCUCCAAGCUCCGUGCCGAUGCUC